CUACACUUACUCAUCUACUUCUAUAUAUACUACCACUUUCUAUUCCUUCGACCUCACAAUCCUUUUUCUAAAUAUUCUUAUAAAAUAACUCCUUAGCUCUUUUUUUCUCCAUCUACAAACAAACACUUCUUGUUGAUUUGUUUUUUCUCUUGAACAUGCCUAUUCCAAGAGACACCGUCAUAAACUAUGAUCUCUCACAACAAAACAAGAAAAUUCUUGACUUCAUAGAGGAUGUUAGUGCAAAAGCUGAUGAAAUCCAAAAGAAGGUUCUAGCUGAAAUUCUCUCUCGAAAUGCAAAUGUUGAAUACUUGCAAAGACAUGGUCUCAAUGGCCAAACAGAUAGUGAGACCUUUAAGAAACUUAUUCCUAUCAUAACCUAUGAAGAUAUUCAACAUGAUAUUAACCGUAUUGCCAAUGGUGACACUUCUUCAAUCCUUACCUCAAACCCCAUUUCAAACUUUCUCACUAGCUCAGGAACAUCUGGUGGGGAGAGAAAGUUGAUGCCAGCUACUGAAGAAGAAUUUGAGAGAAGGUAUAUGUUAUAUAGUUUGUUGAUGCCAAUAAUGAGUCAAUUUGUCCCUGACUUAGAAAAAGGCAAAGGAAUGUAUUUAAUGUUCAUAAAGAAUGAAUCAAAAACACCGAGUGGUAUUAUGGCUAGUCCAGUUCUCACAAACUAUUACAAAAGUUCUCAUUUUUGUAAUAGACUUUAUGAUCCAUAUACAAACUUCACAAGUCCAAAUGAGACUGUACUUUGUCUUGACUCGUACCAAAGCAUGUAUUCACAGCUUCUAUGUGGUCUUUGUCAAAACUACGAGGUUUUUCGCGUUGGAGCUGUUUUUGCUUCUGGCCUAAUUCGUGCCAUUCGUUUUCUCGAAAAACACUGGUCACUUCUUUGUAAUGAUAUACGAAUGGGGACUAUCAACGCCCUUGUUACCGAAAGUUCGGUUCGAGAGGCCGUGAUGAAGAUCCUUAAACCUAACAAAAAUCUUGCUGAUUUUAUUCAAGGUGAGUGUAGCAAAAAUUGUUGGCAAGGUAUUAUUACUAGGUUGUGGCCUAAUACUAAGUAUGUUGAUGUUAUUGUGACUGGAACAAUGUCACAAUACAUUCCUACUUUGGAUUACUAUAGUAAUGGACUACCACUUGUUUGUACUAUGUAUGCUUCUAGUGAAUGUUACUUUGGUGUUAAUCUUAAUCCCCUUUGUAAACCUAGCCAUGUGGCUUAUACCCUUAUCCCUACCAUGUGCUACUAUGAAUUUUUACCUGUGAAUAGAAGUAAUGAGGUCACUGGUUCAAUCUCAACACCAACAACAAAAUUUCUUAAUGAGAAAGAUCAUCAAGAGUUGGUGGAUCUUGUUGAUGUCAAACUUGGCCAAGAAUAUGAACUUGUUGUUACUACUUAUGCUGGACUAUAUAGGUACAAAGUGGGUGAUGUGUUAAAAGUAACUGGAUUCAAGAACAAGGCACCACAAUUUUCCUUUGUAUGCAGAAAAAAUGUUGUUCUAAGCAUAGAUUCCGACAAAACAGAUGAAGUUGAACUUCAAAAUGCAAUGAAAAAUGCAAUUACACAUUUGGUACCAUUUGAUGCAGAUGUGGCUGAAUACACUAGUUUUGCAGAUACAACAACAAUUCCAGGACACUAUGUGUUGUAUUGGGAACUAAAUCUCAAAGGGUCAACAAUAAUUCCUCAUUGUGUGUACGAGGAUUGUUGUUUAACGAUUGAAGAAUCAUUGAACAGUGUUUAUCGACAAGGUCGUGUCUCAGAUAAAUCAAUUGGGCCACUUGAGAUUAAGAUUGUGGAACAGGGGACAUUUGAUAAGCUUAUGGAUUAUGCUAUUGGUUUAGGAGCAUCAAUUAAUCAAUACAAGACUCCUAGGUGUGUCAAAUUUGCACCUGUUGUUGAGUUGUUGAAUUCAAGAGUUACAUCAAAUUAUUUUAGUCCUAAGUGCCCAAAAUGGAUUCCUGGUCACAAGGAAUGGAUCAAUGAGAGAAUUGAAGAGUAAUUUAAAUGCAUGUUAAGGAAAAGUUUAUUAGUCUAAUUAGAAUAAUUAAUCUAUGUUUAUAAGUUUCUUUGGACUUUGAGUUGGUUCUUGAAUUUGCUUAAUGCAUAGUAUCCCUUAUCUUACUCAUUGUAAACAAACACAAACCCUUUUAAUAAAAAACUUCUUUUUCUUAAUUAGUA